AUUGACGUAUUCAGUGAAAAAUUAAUAAUCAGAGUCUACGAAGAAAUAAACAAGAAAGUUGAGGGAAAAGUUUGCAGAACUCUUAAUCUAAACAAAUCCAAAAAGUUUCAUUACAAGGCGAAUAAUUUCAGAAUAACAAUGACGUCACAGAGUAUCGAACAUACAGAGGAUUCCGAUGACGUCACAAUAUGCGCUCCUAGGAAAUACGACAUCGUCUUUUCAAACAUAUUUAAAUACACUGUAUUACAUAUAUUUGCAUUUUACGGAAUUUAUGUCGUUUUAACUAAAGCUAAAUGGCAAACAUUCGUGUUCAAUUAUAUAACGACCUAUUUGAGCGCAUUCGGUGUAACAAUAGGAGCACAUCGUCUAUGGGCACAUAAAUCUUUCAAAGCGACCAUGCCUGUUCAAAUUGUACUGAUGCUGAUGAAUUCCUUGGCCUUCCAGAGCACCGCGUUUGUAUGGAUACGAGACCAUAGGUUACAUCACAAAUAUAGCGACACAGACGCGGACCCUUACAACGCGUCUCGCGGUUUCUUCUUCUCUCACAUCGGCUGGCUGCUGGUGAGGAAACACCCGCUUGUGCUGAAGAAGGGGAAGACUGUCGACAUGAGCGACAUCUACAACAACCCUGUACUCAAGUUCCAACAAAAAUAUGCCAUCGUCGUGAUUGGAUUAUGCUGUUACAUAAUACCUACAUAUAUUCCCAUAUAUUUGUGGAACGAGACAUUUUCCAACUCAUUCUAUGCAAACAUAUUACGUCACGUGAUCACACUACAUGCGACAUUCAGCGUAAACAGUGUUGCCCAUUUAUUCGGUACAAAACCUUACGAUAAAAACAUCAAAGCUGUUCAAACAUUAUUCGUUGCUUUCAUAUCAAACGGGGAAGGAUACCAUAAUUAUCAUCACGUGUUCCCCUGGGAUUACAGAGCUGCUGAAUUCGGUGGCUGGUUGAAUCCAUCCAAAUGGAUCAUCGAUGUUUUGGCUAAAUACGGUUUGGUGUACGAUUUGAAAAUCGCACCGAAAAGGUUAAUAUCAGCUAGAAUAGAACGCACUGGAGAUGAAAAUUUAUUUGAUAAACAUUAAAUAUAUAUACAUAUAAUAAAAUUGGAGCGUCUGUUUCCUGAAUGUUUUCUGAAUUUCAGAUUU